UGUUAGUUAAACCCCUGGGUAAUAUCUGUCAGGCUGUUUACUGAUUUGGACUUCAUCGAACUCCAGCAACAAUUUGCCAUUCUUUGAUUUCUUUUGUCCAAUAUAGGGCUCAGUAGGGUUUUUUUAAGUUGGGAUCUGCCAAUAUUGCAAAAGGAGGCGGGUUGCGAAAGCAGCCUGAGCGAUAUUGUUAUCUGAAAGUCAACGCUGAGGGCAAAAAUAUAUUGUCUAACACCGACAAAUGUAAACGAUUUGCACCGACUGCGCCUCGUUAGCUGAAGCUACAGGGUCCUAACAGAUCUCGUCUGGAGCCGCAGUGGGAUGACGCGGCCGCUCUGGUGUCCUGAACGAGAUCAGCAUCCCCAAUCCGUCCUGUUGGUCUGCUGCUGUCACCCAUCCGGACUCCAUGCGAAGAGGGCACGGGGGUCCGCAAUCUCUUGGAAAAAACCCAUGGUGAUAACGAACGUCUUGAGCUGCGGAGGCUAAAUUCUCUCGUGGAUAUUAAUAAUGUUCUGAUGGCACUGGGACCUCCCACCCGAAGGAGAAAUUAUUCAGCGGCAGGUAUUGAGUGCUCCUCAAUUGAGAACCGGUUUACCUCAAAGGAAUGCCUCUUUGAAUCCACUUCUAGAUUUCGCAUGCAGUAACCUCCACAUUGAAUGCGCGAUAAACUCACUCUGUUGACACGAGCUGGGGACAACUCCCUGUUUGCGUUCACAAAGGGUGUCCUUGCCCCCCCUCCAUCCAUUCAUACGCACUUUAAAGCUCCCCCGUUGGGUGUCCUGCUAAAAUGAACACAGAGUGGGGCGAGAAAUCCUCCGCGGACCUCAUGAGUCGGUACGUCUCCAAUGAAACGGGUUAUGGGGUGCCCGAGGAGGGUUGGCGGAUCUGUCUGGCGCACGAGUUCAAGGAGAAGAGAAAGCCCUUUCAAGCGAAAGAUGUCUCGCUGUCCAAUGUCUUGGAGCACAUCGGGCUCGGAAUCAGGUAUCUAAAAUGGUGGUACAAGAAGACCCAGGUGGAAAAGAAAGCGCCAUUCAUCGAUAUGUUUCGGGCCCAACCGUUACGUCAAAUAUACGGCGCUCCACUCGGCGGCAUUGGAGGAGGUACCAUCACGAGAGGUUGGAGGGGGGAGUUCUGCAGAUGGCAACUCAACCCUGGGAUGUACCACUAUAAAACCGUCACCGCAAACCAGUUCACAGUGUGUUUGCGUCGCGGGGGUCAAACGGUUUACCAGCAGGUGUUGUCCGUCGAGCGUCCUCCCACACUACAAGGCUGGAACUGGGGCUACUGCGGAGAGUACGCCUUCUAUCACGCCUUGUACCCCCGCGCCUGGACCGUCUACGAGCUGCCGGGACAGAAGGUCACGUUAACCUGCAGACAGGUUUCCCCCGUCAUCCCGCACGACUACCAGGACUCGAGUCUACCUGUGGCCGUAUUUGUGUGGGACGUCGAGAACAACAACGACUUCGCUCUGGACGUCUCCAUCAUGUUCACGAUGGUGAACGGGUCGGGCCACAAGGACGACAAGUGCGGGGGCCACUGGAAUGAACCAUUCCACCUGGAGAAGGAGGGGGAGGCGGUGUCCGGCGUGCUGCUCCAUCACUGCCCUGCAGUGAACCCUUACACUCUGUGCAUCGCGGCCCGAGAACAGCCUGACAGGGAGGUCAGUCACCAGACGGCGUUCAGUCCAAAGGGAACCUGCAGCGGCCUGUGGAGUGACCUCAUCACUGACGGACGGCUGGACUCUCCUACAGGAUCCAGCCCGCCGACGCCAAAGGGAGAGAAGGUGGCAGCGGCGCUGGCUGCGGGCUGCUCGGUGCCGGCUCAGAGCCGGAGCAGCCUGGAGUUCUGCCUGGCCUGGGACAUGCCGACGAUCACCUUCGGCUCUCGGGAGAGGGAACACAUCCGGCGAUACGCUCGCUACUUUGGGAGCAAAGGGGAUGCGGCGCCCUCGCUCGGCCACUACGCCCUGACGCACUACAGGCAGUGGGAGAGGAGCAUCGAGGAGUGGCAAAGACCCGUACUGCAGGACAGCUCUCUCCCCUCCUGGUACAAGUCGGCCCUGUUCAACGAGCUGUACUUUGUGGUGGACGGAGGGACGGUGUGGACGGAGCUGCCGGAGGACGCCGACGUCAGCGGCGGCGUGCGCAGCGAGGACGGCGGGCUGCCAGCUCAGCCCGCCGUCGUCAAGGAGUUCGGCCGCUUUGCUUACCUCGAAGGUCAGGAGUACAGGAUGUACAACACGUACGACGUGCACUUCUACGCCUCCUUCGCUCUCAUCAUGCUGUGGCCCAAACUCGCCUUGAGCGUGCAGUACGAUAUUGCUGGCAGCGUGGUCCAGCAGGACCCGACAGAGAGGCUCCAUCUGAUGAGUGGGCGGUGUUCUCCUGUCAAGGCCCAAAAUGUGGUGCCUCACGACAUCGGAGACCCAGACGACGAGCCGUGGCAGAGGGUCAACGCCUACCUCAUCCAUGACACUGCCGACUGGAAGGACCUGAACCUCAAGUUUGUCCUGCAGGUCUACAGGGACUUUCAUCUCACCCAGGACAGUCAGUACCUGCGGGACAUGUGGCCCGUCUGCCAGGCGGUGAUGGAGUCAGAGAUGAAGUUCGACCUGGAUGGAGACGGGCUGAUAGAGAACUCCGGAUAUGCAGACCAGACCUAUGAUGGUUGGACGGUGACUGGACCGAGUGCGUACUGCGGUGGGCUGUGGUUGGCGUCCCUGUGUGUGAUGUGUAAAAUGUCCAGACUGGCGGACAACGAGGAGACGUACCAACGCUACAGGGACAUCUUGGACAGGGGCAGCGCUGCUUUUGACAAACUGCUGUGGAACGGCAAGUACUACAACUACGACAGCAGUGGGAGAGACCUUUCCAACAGCGUGAUGUCUGACCAGUGCGCUGGCCACUGGUUCCUGAGAGCGUCCGGGCUCGGAGAGGGAGAAUACAAGGCUUUUCCAAAAGAAAAAAUCCAGAGCGCACUAAAAUCUGUCUUUGACUUGAAUGUAAUGAGCUUCGCCGGAGGCCAGAUGGGGGCCGUCAACGGCAUGCGUCCUGAAGGGGUGCCGGACCGGUCCAGUGUCCAGUCGGAUGAGGUCUGGAUUGGAGUCGUGUACGGACUGGCAGCCACUAUGAUCCAUGAGGGUAUGCUGGAGGAGGGCAUGCGCACGGCGGAGGGUUGCUACCGGACCGUGUGGGAGAGGCUGGGCAUGGCCUUCCAGACUCCGGAAGCCUACUGUGAGAAGAACAUCUACCGCUCUCUGGCGUACAUGAGGCCUCUGAGCGUCUGGGCCAUGCAGCUGGCACUGAGCACGUCCCCGAAGGAUCGGACCACGUCGGCUCAAACCGGAGCCCCAGACGGGGAGCAGAGGGAAGAAGAGAGCGAGGGUUAGAACAGUGCCGUGACCUCCACGCUCUCUCCUGCAGCCUCCACCCUCAUAUGCACUGCUUUGAUUUGGUCACCCUUGAAUUUUAAUUCUUCAACGGUUUGUUUCGCUCCAGAUGUUUGAGGUUCAGGGUCAGAACUGACAACGGACAAAGUCGGUAGCAACUGAAGAACCUGGUAUUGUUUGGUGAGGAGGUGAACGUUUUCCAAGAGACUGCAAACGGUUUCUGAUUUUCCUUUUUUUGUUGUGCAGUGUACCAGGUAACCAGGCGAUAUCAAAAUCAUAGCCAGUGUGUAUUGCUAGUUAAAAACCGACCUUGUGUUUCAGCAACAUAUUGUCUAUUUGCACACAUGUACACACCGAUGGAAGCACUACAUUUCACAUGUCAAUAAUAAUCGUACAAGUUUUUAUGCUUAAUAUUUGAGGACUGUUUUGUGUAAUUAGACCAGCCUCAUGUAGUCGUUGUCUUUUGACAGCCUGUGUGAGUGAAUCAAGCAGAUACAUAGACUCUCAAUUUGAGGAUUUCCUCUUCUUACAUUUGAAUGCGGAGCGACGUGAUAUGCGAUGAAUAGUGUUGGAAAUUUGUUUUUCUUCUUUUUAAAAAAAAAAAAGUAUUUUGUUGCUUGUCGGCCAUAUCUACAGUAUAUUAAUGUAGUGGCAACAUUUACUAUGUUUUAUAAAAUCCAGUACUCAUGACAAUCAUGCUGAAUAAAUGACUGAAUAAGAUAC